AUGGCAAAGUCUCUCCAGACCCGUGGCGGUCCUUAUGCCUCAGAUACCGCCGGAAUGGGUGGUCUACCAACUACAAUCCCCGAUGUCCCAGUUUGCGCCGUCUUCAUGGUCCUCUAUAUUUGCUUCGCAGCCACAAAUAUGACAAUCUUCCAGAAGAACCGUCGAAGGGGCCACAAGUUUAUCCCUUCGGCCUUGAUGUUCGGUUUCUGCAUGUCAAGAAUCCUCACACUUAUUCUCCGAAUCGUCUGGUCCCAACAACCAACAAACAUCAGGGUCGUUAUCGCCGCCCAGAUCUUCGUCAACGCAGGUGUGUUGAUUCUAUAUAUUAUAAAUCUGGUCCUCGCACAGCGAAUCCUACGGGCAAAGCAACCGCAUAUUGGUUGGAACCCCAUUCUGCGCAAAGGUUUCAAGGUCAUCUAUGCGUUAAUUGGAGGCGCUUUGGUCAUGGUUAUUAUAGCCGUUGUUGUGACUGUCUACACUUUGAACCCACACGUCCAGCAAAAAUGUCGCGAUGUCGAGCUCGCGGCUCUCACAUAUCUUCUCAUCUUUAAUUGCCUCCCCGCCCUUCAUAUUGCUGUCGCAGUUUUGUUGCCGAAGUCAAAACCAGAGGAACGUUUUGGACAGGGAAGCUCUGGAAUCCAGGUGCUGAUUGUGACAAUGUCUGCAUGCUUCUGCAUGAUGAUUGCAGGAUUCAAAACUGGGGUUAUGUGGAGCCCUGCACGUCUUGCCACGGAUGCCGCUUGGUAUGACUCCAAGGCUUGUUUCUAUAUCUUCAACUUCACUUUUGAGAUUUGUACUCUCAGCACCUUGACGUUUAGUCGCAUUGAUAGGCGAUUUUGGAUUCCCAAUGGAUCUACACAGCCGGGGGAUUAUAGGCAGCUUGGAAUGCCCACGCCAGUCGGGGCUGACACCGACUCGCUUGAAGUCCCGUCUUUCUCGCCGGAGAAAGAUAAUCGAGAAGCCUGA